AACCAGGCGAGUCUUGCCUUCUGCCUCGGUUGCUCAAAAGCGUCGCCACGGAGAACAUAACCGACGAGAAGCGGUCUUGCGUUUCUUUAUUUUUCGCUGUAGAGCAAAAGUGAACAUGCCGCGGCUCCCCGGACUAGGGACGGCGCUAUUGCUCUGGAUCUCCGGCCGCAUCGUCAGCUUCGCCGCGGCGCUUCCAGCAUCCCAGAAGUGUGACGAGGCCCUAGCGUCUCCCCUCCCGCACAGCGCCUUCUCCGGCUCCUCAACCUUCUCCAGCGGCUACGCCCCGGGAUACGCCAAGCUCAACCAGAGAGGCGGCGCUGGAGGCUGGUCCCCCGCGGAAAACGACAACUACCAGUGGCUGCAGGUGGACCUUGGCAACAGGAAGCAGGUCACAGCCAUAGCAACGCAGGGCAGAUACAGCAGCUCUGAUUGGACGAAGCAGUACAGGCUGCUUUACAGUGAAACGGGGAUGAACUGGAAACCUUACCACCAAGACGGCAACAUAUGGACGUUCUCGGGGAACUCGAACACGGAGAGCGUGGUGCGGCACGACCUGCAGCUGGCCGUCGUGGCGCGCUACCUGCGCAUGGUUCCCCUGCAGUGGAGCGAGGAGGGCCGCAUCGGACUGCGGAUCGAGGUCUACGGCUGCCCUUACUGGGCCGACGCUAUCAACUUCGAUGGCCAGGGGGUAAUCUCCUAUCGCUUCAAGAUGAAGAAAAUGAAGAUCCUGAAGGAUGUGAUCGCCUUGAAGUUCAAGACUUCAGAGAGCGACGGCAUUAUCCUGCACGGCGAGGGCCAGCAGGGCGACUACAUAACCCUGGAGCUGAGGAGGGCCAAGCUUCUGCUGCUGAUAAACCUGGGUAGCAACCAGUACGGCUCCAUCAUGGGGCACACGUCGGUGACGAGCGGGAGUCUGCUGGACGACAGCCACUGGCACUCGGUGGUCAUCGAGCGCUACCGCCGCAACGUCAACUUCACCCUGGACCGCCACACGCAGCACUUCCGCACCAACGGGGAGUUCGAUCACCUGGACCUUGAUUACGAGCUGAGCUUUGGAGGCAUGCCUUUCUCUGGGAAGCCCAGCUCAGGAGGCCUGAAGAACUUCAUCGGCUGCAUGGAAAGCAUCCACUACAACGGCGACAACAUCACGGACCUCGUCCGCAGGAGGAAGCUGGACAUCUCCAGCUUCCGUAACCUCACCUUCUCGUGCGUGGAGCCCCACACGUUCCCCGUCUUCUUCAACGGCACCAGCUACCUGCAGCUGCCGGGGCGGCGGGAGUCGGAGGUGGUGUCGCUGAGCUUCCACUUCCGCACCUGGAACCCGAGCGGGCUGCUCCUGUACAGCGCCCUGGCGGACGGGAUGCUGGAGGUGGCGCUGACGGAGGGCAAGGUCAGCGUGCACAUCAACGUCACGCAGAGGAAGAGCACGCGCAUCGACAUUUCCUCAGGCUCCGGGCUCAAUAACGGGCAGUGGCACGACGUGCGCUUCCUGGCCAAGGAGAACUUCACCAUGCUGACCAUCGACGGGGACGAGGCCUCCGCUGUUCAGACCCACACCCCCAUCCAGAUACGGAGCGGGGGCGUGUACUACUUUGGAGGCUACUUUCGGCGCGGCAGCGCGGCUCCCUCACAGCGGUCCUUCCAGGGCUGCAUGCAGCUGAUCCACGUGGACGACCAGCUGGCCGACCUGACCUCGGUGGACCGGAGCGAGCUGCGCUUCUUCGAGAACGUCAGCCUGGACAUGUGCGCCAUCAUAGACAGGUGCAUGCCGAAUCACUGCGAGCACGGGGGCGGGUGCAGCCAGACCUGGGACAGCUUCAGCUGCGCCUGUGACGGGACGGGAUACGCCGGAGCCACCUGCCACUCCUCGGUCUACGAGCAGUCCUGUGAGGCCUACAAGCACCUGGGCAGAACCUCAGACACCUACUGGAUCGACCCGGACGGGAGCGGACCGCUGGGGCCCUUCAAGGUCAACUGCAACAUGACGGAGGACAAGGUGUGGACGACGGUGAUGAACAGCCUCCCCCAGCAGGCCCCGGUCAGCGGGUCGAGCAGGGAGAGCCGCACGGUGCUGCAGCUCAACUACAGCGCCACCAUGGAGCAGGUGUCCGCCAUUACAGACAGCGCUGAGCACUGCGAACAGCACGUAGCCUACAGCUGCCGCAUGUCCCGACUGCUCAACACGCCAGACGGCACCCCGUACACGUGGUGGGUCGGGCGUGGCAACGAGAAGCACUUCUACUGGGGCGGGUCAGCGCCCGGGAUCCAGAAGUGCGCCUGCGGGAUCGAGCGGAACUGCACCGACCCCAAGCACCACUGCAACUGUGACGCUGACCAGAAGCAGUGGAGAGAGGACUCUGGACUCCUGAUGUACAAGGAUCAUUUACCUGUGAGCCAGGUGGCUGUGGGCGACACGAACCGGCCCGGCUCAGAGGCGAAGCUGACCAUCGGACCGUUGCGUUGCCAGGGAGACAGUAACUACUGGAACGCGGCGUCCUUCAGCACGCCCUCCUCCUACCUGCACUUCCCCACGUUCGACGGGGAGACCAGCGCCGACAUCUCCUUCUUCUUCAAGACCUCGGCUCCCUACGGCGUCUUCCUGGAGAACCUGGGCAACACCGACUUCAUCCGCCUGGAGCUCAAAUCCCCCACGGUGGUGUCCUUCUCCUUUGACGUGGGGAACGGGCCAGUGGAGCUGAGGGUGCGGUCCCCCGCGGAGCUGAACGAUGACCAGUGGCACCGGGUCAGUGCGGAGCGCAGCCUGAAGGAGGCCAGCCUGCUGCUGGACCUGCAGUACAGAGAGGUCCGGCCCGCCCCGGCCCAGGGACACACCCGCCUGGAGCUCUACAGCCAGCUGUAUGUGGGUGCGGCCGGGGGCCAGCGAGGCUUCCUGGGGUGCAUCCGUGCCCUGCGGAUGAACGGGGUGACCCUGGACCUGGAGGAGAGGGCGAAGGUGACGCCGGGGGUGAAGCCGGGCUGCUCGGGGCACUGCACCAGCUACGGCAUGUACUGCCGCAACGGGGGAAAGUGCGUGGAGAAGUACAACGGCUACUCGUGCGACUGCCUCUCCACGGCCUACGACGGGCCCUUCUGCACUAAGGACGUGGGCGGGUUCUUCGAGGCGGGCACGGUCCUGAGGUACAGCUUCCUGCCUGAGGGGGGGGCGGCGGCGGCCGUGAAGGAGGCGAAGGGCCUGUCCCAGACUCCGCUCAGCGAGGCCAACCUGACGCGGGAGGAGGUGUCCCUCAGCUUCAGCACCUCCAGCGGCCCCGCCGUCCUGCUCUACGUCAGCUCCAGGACACAGGACUACCUGGCCAUGGUGCUGCGGCAGGACGGAACACUACAGGUUCGCUACAACCUGGGUGGGCUGAAGGAGCCCUUCACCAUCGACGUGGACCAGCGCAACAUGACCAACGGCCAGCCACACAGCGUCAACAUCACCCGCAACGAGAGGAGCAUCCAACUGCAGCUGGACCACUACCCUGCUGUCAGCUAUACCCUUCCUGAUGCGUCCGACACCACUUUCAACCUCAUCAAGACCCUGUUCCUGGGGAAGAUCUACGAAACGGGUCAGAUCGACCCGGUCCUGAUCUCGAAGUACAACACGCCGGGCUUCGUGGGCUGUCUGUCGCGGGUGCAGUUCAACGGGAUCGCCCCUCUGAAGGCCGCGCUGAGGUCACGCAUCGCCGCGCCCGUCUCCGUCCAGGGGAAGCUGGUCGAGUCCAACUGCGGGGCCUCCCCCCUCACCAUCCCGCCAAUGUCUGCAGCCACCGACCCCUGGCACCAGGACUCAGGCGCUGAGUACCCAUUCAACGAAGAGAAGGUGGUGCCAGAUGGAGUUAACCGCAACUCGGCAAUAAUUGGAGGUAUAAUCGCCGUGGUGAUCUUCACCAUCCUCUGCACACUCGUGUUCCUGAUCCGGCACAUGUUCCGUCACAAGGGAACGUACCACACCAAUGAGGCCAAGGGGGCGGAGUCAGCGGACAACGCCGACGCCGCCAUCAUCGUCAACGACCCCAACUUCACGGAGACCAUCGACGAGAGCAAAAAGGAGUGGUUUAUUUAACGGGACACUUUC